AUGAACAUUUGUCCCAGCGCUGCAGUCUGUCGUGUCGUCGCCUCGGAAACCAUGUUCCGGGACUACUACAACAUGUCCGUCAUCCAGGUGCACUACCGCUACGCCAAGGAGAUGAGCCAGGAGCAGCUGGAGGAGCGCAUGCGCGGCAGGGCCGGCCUGAGCACCUUCUCCCUGGUCCUCCUGGUCGUCUGCAGCGUCAUUAUCCUGGAGAACAUCCUGGUGCUGGUGGCCGUCUGCCGCAACAAGAAGUUCCACACCGCCAUGUUCUUCUUCAUCGGCAACCUGGCCUUCUCCGACCUGCUCGCUGGCUCCGCCUACAUUGCCAACGUCCUACUGUCGGGCCCCCGGACGUUCCAGCUGGUGCCCGUGGAGUGGUUCGUUCGCGAGGGCACGGUCUUCAUCGCGCUGGCCGCCUCCGUCUUCAGCCUGCUGGCCAUCGCCAUCGAGCGCUACGUGGCCAUCACGCAGGUGAAGGUGUAUGGCUCCAGCGGGGGCUGCCGGGUCUUCCUGCUGAUCGGAGCCUGCUGGGCCACCUCCGUGCUCCUGGGCGGGCUGCCCAUCCUGGGCUGGAACUGCGUCGGCAGCCUUCCGGCGUGUUCCGCCGUGCUCCCGCUUUACUCCAAGCGCUACAUCCUCUUCGUGGUCACGGUCUUCAGCGUCAUCCUGCUCGCCAUCGUGGUCCUCUACGUGCGCAUCUACCUGAUCGUGCGCUCCAGCCACCGGGAGGCGGCCUGCUCGCCCGCGUACGCCCUGCUGAAGACCGUCACCAUCGUGCUGGGCGUGUUCAUCGCCUGCUGGCUGCCGGCCUUCACCGUGCUGCUGCUGGACACGUCCUGCCGCAUGUCCUCCUGCCCCGUCCUCGCCCGCGCCAACAUCUUCUUCGGCCUGGCCACGCUGAACUCCGCGCUCAACCCGCUCAUCUACACGCUGAGGAGCCGCGACAUGCGGCGGGAGUUCCUGAGGGUGCUCUGCUGCUGGGGGGUCCUCUUCAAGGGGGGGCGGCCCACCCACAGGUGCGCCGUCCCGCUCAAGAGCUCCAGCUCCCUGGAGCACCACCAGCACCACCACUGCUCCGACAGGGACGAGCAACAGAACACUCCCAUAAUGCAGGAGUGUACCACCUGCGUCUGAUUUUAGGGGGGGGACGAGAAACAGAACACCCCCGUCGUACAGGAGUGUACCACCUGCGUCUGACUUCAGGGGGGUUAGCAACAGAACACUCCCAUAAUGCAGGAGUGUACCACCUGCGUCUGACUUCAGGGGGGCUAGCAACAGAACACUCCCAUAAUGCAGGAGUGUACCACCUGUGUCUGACUUUAGGGGGGUUAGCAACAGCACACCCCCAUAAUGCAGGAGUGUACCACCUGCGUCUGACUUUAGGGGGGGUUAGCAACAGAACACUCUCAUAAUGCAGGAGUGUACCACCUGCGUCUGACUUUAGGGGGGGGUUAGCAACAGCACACCCCCAUAAUGCAGGAGUGUACCACCUGUGUCUAACUUUAGGGGGGGCUAGCAACAGAACACUCCCAUAAUGCAGGAGUGUACCACCUGCCUCUGACUUUAGGGGGGGACGAGAAACAGAACACCCCCAUCGUACAGGAGUGUACCACCUGUGUCUGACUUCAGGGGGGUUAGCAACAGAACACUCCCAUAAUGCAGGAGUGUACCACCUGUGUCUGACUUCAGGGGGGUUAGCAACAGAACACUCCCAUAAUGCAGGAGUGUACCACCUGCUUCUGACUUUAGGGGGGGUUAGCAACAGAACACUCCCAUAAUGCAAGAGUGUACCACCUGCGUCUGACUUUAGGGGGGGACGAGAAACAGAACACCCCCAUCGUACAGGAGUGUACCACCUGUGUCUGACUUCAUGGGGGUUAGCAACAGAACACUCCCAUAAUGCAGGAGUGUACCACCUGUGUCUGACUUUAGGGGGGGUUAGCAACAGCACACCCCCAUAAUGCAAGAGUGCACCACCUGCGUCUGACUUCAGGGGGAUUAGCAACAGAACACUCCCUUAAUGCAGGGGUGUAGCACCUUCGUCUGACUUUAGGGGGUUAGCAACAGCACACUCUGUCGGGUGGGGCGAGCAACAGAACACUUACUGUGGAGGGAUGUACGACCUCUGGCUGACUGUGGCGAGUGUGGGUGGGAGGGGGAGGGUGGCUGUCAGGGAAAGGAACUUAAGAGGUCAGUCCUGAAGGCACCGACCGGUGCUAGUGCCGGGAGACCACCAUUAUGCAUUAUGAAGGAAUGUACCACCUCUGUCUGACUGCGGGGGAGGAGGUGAGAUUAAAGGAAUAUUAGUAGUGGGAGGUAAGAGCUGAAGAAAACUGAACCCUGAACGCUGAUCUUACCUCCCCCCUUACAAGAUACCCUCAACAGCAGACGCUUUGGCUGGAACAGAGGUCACAUGACUGCUGACUCAUCCCCCUUGUUAUAGGCUCCGCCAGGUCCAUUUUGUUAAUCUGUUACUGAGGAAUAUACCGACCUCGGUGUACCUGGUGGCAGGUUGGGGUUACAUGAGCUCUCUGGGUCCGAGGGUCCCAGAACAGGACAGAGAGAAUCUCAGUACCCCAAAACCUAUUCAUGACUCAGUAUCAACAGAAAGAUGCUCCACUUACAGUGUAUUCAAAAUUCUUUUUGUGUGUGUGUUUGUGUAUGUGCUGGUUUGUGUGUGUUGUAAAAGAGUGUGUCCGUAGUGGGUCUUUCCAUGAAUUUGUCUGUGUCUGUGUGUGUUUGUGUGUAUGCUCCUUAUACAUUAAAUUGUCCUGUGGGAAAAGCAGAACCUUUAAAUGGGUCAGGUACUUACAAGAUGACUCCAUACAAGGAUGGAAAAACAGGUCCAUUUUGGGUAGUAGUCUCAACUGCAGUGUUUGUUAGUGUCAGCUGAAGGACACUGAGGCCUUGGAUCAGGCGGUGUGACUGUGUAACAUUUACACAGUUGAUAUCGCCUGCCAGAGACACCUUCCAGCAAAUGGAAAUGAGAACGAGAAGGAAGCAUUGCGUAAGCGUUGUGGUAAUGUUCCUGUAACAUUGUGCCAUGUUGCUGGGGUGGGGGAAAUGUCCUUUUAUUUCUCACACUAUUUGCAUGAUAUGUGAAUGUAAAAUAUUAAAGUUUGACAGACUAUGAAUAUUAUCCCAGCUAGCCAAGUGACCGUAUUUAAAACUUGUUGUUUAUUUUACAUUUCUUUUGGUUGUUGAAUGUGAAAAACUUCUUGCUUCUCUAUCAGGUUGCAAAUGUCUUUACAGUGUCUUCCCCCAAAUAAUAAGCAUCAGGUGACCCGUACAGCAUUGCUAUUUUACAGCAACAUUGUAAAAGUGUUGCCAUGUUUUGUGCUGGUGGGGGCGUAGUGUGUGAGGUCAUUGUUACCUGACAUGUAUAUUUGGAUGUCAGGGGUGAGGGUGGGGGGGUUUAAAGUUUAAAUGUUAACUCAUGCGAUCCAUUUUAAUUACAAUUGUUAAUUACAGUGGCUACUUGCGGGAUGGUAGAUAGGAGAUCUGGUCCUUGGUCUGCACUUACUGGGAUGACCACAGCCCAAGUAAGAAAAUGAGAUUGUGUUUAAAAAAAGAUUACUGGUUGACAGCCCUGGUUUUUGUUCAGCAUAACACAAAUCCAGACUGUGGCACUGAAGCCUCCCUCUGCACAUUAAUCUGGCCCCAUAUCUCGCAGAAUCCUCCGUUACAGCUCCCACAGGCCGAAAAGCUCUUACAAAAGCCUUAUAUUGGGAAGCGUCCAAGAGAGAAAUAUACAUGCAGUCUGCCCUGCAGGACUAAAUAAAACACUUAACCAAGGCCCACAUCAUAAUGAGGCAUUAGACCGCUGGCACAUAAUAGCUAUGCUGAAGCUUUAUAAGAUCGAUACUGUAUGCCAUAACGCCUACAUAAUCCUGACGUAAGACUUGUCGUAACCAGUCUGGACAGCAUGGGAAUGCAUGACCAUGUCAUGAUAAUGACACCAUUAUGCAGGUUAUGCAUUAUCUCAUAUAAUUCAAUUAGUGCUACCAAUUUUUAAUGCAAUGUGCCUCUUGCUCAGCUCAUUGUACAUUAGAUAUGCCUUAUAGAAUAAGGCCACUUCACUGAGCAGUGUGGAGGGAGCACACUCCCCACUUUGGGAACAACUGCUUUAACCAGCAGAGACAAUCUAUCAGCAGUGAACAUGUAGGCGGUUUGGUUAGUAGUACAAAUCCCACCCAGACAUGCAAGGCCACACCCUUAAAGAAGGUUUGCAGUAUUGGCAGGUGACACUCGGGUUACUGUGCUCAUCUGAACUCUGUCAAACAGUGUUUACUUGUGUUUUUCUACACACAUAUAAUACGGUAUUUAUGUACAAUAUAUGCUAUCAAUGUAUGUGAUGCCCCUAGCAUGUGAUUGAUGUAUGCCGCCUGUUUCUAUUAAUGAGGUCAGAGCCAUAGAUGCUGAUCUUCAUAAGGUACAAUAAAAAAAGAAAUCUG